CCCAGCGAGUGCAUACUAACACGCGCGCUCCUGCCGGCGGCCGUACCCUGAAGAAUCGGGGAUGGGUUUCGCGUGAGGCAAGAAUGAAGUCCGUCUAUGCGAAGCAGUGAUCAGUUCCAGCAGAACAGUGCUGUCGUGCUUUAUUGUGACACUGCGUUUCGGAGGAAACACGCGUUCUGCAUUGUUCACGAGUUAAGAGCACAGCAAUUGCGCGUCGCUGCACCGAACACACGUUUGAUUUAGGAAACAACUGAAACAAAAAUACGCAGAAGCUGUGGACACUAUAUUUUCGGUGUUCUUGUCGAACUGCUUAGCACAGCAUAUGCAGGCAUUUUUUUUCUGUACCUGAGCCCCACUGUGGUAAACCCAGAAUCAUGCUCUGAACCAUGACAGCAUGAGUGCUACAGGCAGACCAAUCCAGAGGCAACAUUUAUUGUUUAUUGCUGUCAGAACUGGCCUAAGCAACGCAAAAAUGUGUGCGUGUGUGUGUGGCAGAGCCUGUGGAGUCGCUCUGGGGAUGUGCGAAGCCUCUUCCUGUCCUGAGUCUCCACAUCCAAUAGGAGUUGCAGCCUGGGCCACACAGCAGGGGUGCGUGCGUUGCGUGCGCGGUCGCCAUGGCUCUGGUUCAGGCACUGCCUGUGCCCUGUGAUCGCCCCAAGUCCAGUGUCGAUAUCCAGCUGUGCCACGCUACCUCACACUCCCCGCUCGUGCCUACAGGGGGCACCAUGGGCUCUGUCAGCAGCCUGAUCUCGGGCCGCACCUACCAGGAGCGCCACUGUUGCGCCGCCAGUGACUUCAGCGGCAAAAGCCGCAAGCCCACCGCCGUGGCCGCUGCCACCAGCUGCUUCCGUCAGCGGGACGGCACACUGCGCAGUACCAGCUCCCAGGAGCAGCUCCUUAUCCACCCACCUGCUCCUCCCACCAAGGGCAGAACCUCCGCCCUGGUUGCCGCUGGCAAUGGGAACUACAGCUAUGUGGGCGAGGACGUGGUGUGUGACUGGAGUGAUCACCACACAGCGGUGUGCAGCCCUUGUAGUGACUCAGAGGAGCCGCGGGACAACCGGACUGUGAACGGGAACCUCGGCGGCCCUCCGCCUAAACUCAUCCCUGUGUCAGGCAGGCUGGAGAAAAAUAUGGAGAAAGUUGUAAUUCGCCCCACCGCCUUCAAACCUGUAGUGCCCAAGAACCGUACUUCGGUGCAGUACCUCUCCCCGCGGCCAGGGGGCAGCCUAUCUGAAAGCCAGGGCAGCCUCAACCUUUUACUGCCGGGUGGUGGAGCCGGGCUGGUGAGUGCUGAGAAGCGCAACUCUUACAGCAGUGGCCGCAACGCUCGCAGCAGCCAGUCAUGUACCAUGUCGGACUCGGGGCGCAACUCACUCUCCAGCCUGCCUACGUACAGCAGCACGGGCUACAGCCUGGCUCAGAGCGAUGCACCGUCUGGACAUGCGGAGCCCACACGGGCUGCUGGCAGCCACGGCCACUCGAACUCCGACAGCGGCCGCUCCUCCUCCAGUAAGAGCACGGGCUCCCUGAGUGGGCGCGGCCAGCCACUCUCAGACACCGGGUCAUGUGGCCGGUCCCCUGCCCCUCAAGAGGGGUACGAGGUUGUGAUCCGGGAGCUGGAGGAGAAGCUGAGAGAGAGAGACCUGGAACUGCAGCAGCUCAGAGACAAUCUGGACGAAAAUGAGGCAGCCAUUUGCCAGGUGUACGAGGAGAAGCAGAAGCGCUGUGAACAGGAAUUGGAGGAGCUCCGGCAGACCUGCGCCUCCCGCAUGAAGCUGGCGCAGCAGAAGGCGCAGCGCACGCAGCAGGUGUUGCAGCUGCAGGUCUUCCAGCUGCAGCAGGAGAAGAAGAAACUGCAAGAGGACUUCUCCCAGCUGCUGCAGGAGCGCGAGACACUGGAGAAAAGGUGCGCCUCCAUCGAGAGGGAGCAGACUCAGCUGGGACCCCGUCUGGAGGAGACAAAGUGGGAGGUGUGUCAGAAGUCAGGCGAGAUCUCCCUGCUGAAGCAACAGUUGAAGGAUGUUCAGGCAGAACUGGGCCAGAAGGCGGCCGAGAUCGUGGCUUUGAAGGCCCAGCUGCGGGAGGUGCGCUCAGAGCUGCAGGCCAACCAGGUGUGCACACAAGAGGCGCAUGCGGCGGCGCGCACCCGCACGCUGGAGCUGGAGGUGUGUGAGAAUGAACUGCAGCGUCGCAAGAGUGAGGCCGAGCUGCUGCGUGAGAAGGUGGGCCGAUUGGAGGAGGAGUCCAACCGGCUGAGGGACGCCCUGACACUGCCUGCCGCAGCCCAGGCCGCCCUGCCCUACUCCAAGGGCCAAUGCAUGAGCCUGCCCCUGCCCAUUGGUCAGGGCCGCGGUGGAGGUGGCAUCGCCCGCCUGCACAGCCCUGCCCACAUCCACAGCGCCGCCCUCCGCGACAGCGAGGAGCAGCUGCUGGCAUACGAGAGCGACGAGGCCAAGGCGCAACGGCAGAGCACAGACACGCUUCACGCGCUCCGCCAGCAGGCGGAGCGGCUCCGCGCCGAGCUGAUGUAUGAGAGGAGGAGAAGCGAGGAGCAGCUGGAGGCCUUUGAUGAGGAGCGACGUGUGUGGCAGGAAGAGAAGGACAAGGUGAUCCGCUACCAAAAGCAGCUGCAGCAGAACUACAUUCAGAUGUACCGGCGCAACCGCGAGCUGGAGCGCGUCAUGCGGGAGCUAAGUCUCGAGCUGGAGAACAGGGACAUGGAGGAGUUUGACACACGCAACAAUGACAUCCACUUUGAGGAGAUCACAGCCACUGAGAUCUAGCCUCUAUCACCACCCCCUGCCACAGUCCACGUGGAGCUCAUUGCAGCAAAUGCACAACAGGGCUCGUGUUCCUUCUUAGACCUGAGUUUGUGUUAUGGAUAUACAGGUUGGACAGUGUUUAUUCAGCAGUAUUUCCUAAACAAAAAGAUUUUUAUUAUGGCCAUAA